AAUCGUCACGAGUUUUCUGUUAAAUAUUAUGUAGCAUAAUUGAUGUGCACUUCUUAAUUGCCAAGAAAAUAUUCAAAAUUUUUUUAACAAAAUGCAAAUUAUUUGGAUAAAAUGAAUUACAGGAUACAUUAUAACACAACAUAACCCGUAUCAAAAUCAGGUGUCAUAAUGUUGAUAUCCCGAUUUGCUUUAAACUUAAGAAAUAAUUAUCGAGCAGCCUUGCGAGUGUGGUCCUUUGAGUUGAAUUCACUAAUAACAGAACGUACAAAGCGUUUGCAAUAUAUAUUCAGAAUUUACCGACGGUUUUAUGAAUAUCAGCAUUUUAAAGAUAUUUGUCACUCAGUUCAUGGAAAAGUAAAGGAUAAGAAUUUUCGACGCAGAAAUAUAUUAUACGCUCUAGGGCUUACUCUAUUGGCUACUAUCGGUGUUUCCAACGAAAACGUCAACUGGAGAGAUGUACGCCUAAGUGUAAAGAAUUUUGGUUAUUGUUCUAAGGAUAUCGAGUUUAUUAACACCCUUUCCUCGAAUAUCAGGUGUCAGGAUUGCGUAACGAAACGAAUGAGAUACUGCUAUUGUUCACUUGGUAAUGAAAAGUGUGUAUCUGAUUCUGGUACAUUGUCAAUUAAGAAUUGUAACAAUAAUUUGGAAGUAAGAUCUAGUGUCGAAGAUGGGUCAGCAAUGAUCGAAGUUGCCGAUGAAAAUCAUUGGCGACCAUUUUUAAAUAAGAACGAAUUAUCAAUUUGGACACGAGAUGAGUCAGGCAACAGGAACUCGUACAAGGUGUAUGCAAGUUAUGAUGAUAUAAACGCCAUGGAUUUAUUAAAUGUACAAACUGAUUUAGAUUAUCGAAAAGAAUGGGAUCAGACUGCCGUAAAAUUAGAUAUCAUUGAAACUGAUCCAGAACAUUACGCAAAUUCUCAUCUUAUAUAUUGGGAGAUGCAAUGGCCAAAAUUUUUUGCUAAUCGUGAUUAUGUGUUCAGCCGUCGUUACGUUAUAGAUAGAGAACAUAAUAUAAUAUUGAUAGCAAAUCGAGGUAUUGAACAUCCAGAUUAUCCCGAGAAUAAAUCUUUGAUAAGAGUAAGGGAUUAUUGGAGUUAUAUGCUUAUUAUGCCCUAUACACACUUUGAUGAGCCAGGGGUACAUUUUGUUUUGACUUAUUUUGACGAUCCUGGAAUUUCCAUACCGACAACAUUACAGACUUGGGUUACUGAAAAACAAAUGCCUGACUUUUUGAACCGAAUGUAUGAAGCGACAAAACGAUACGGUAGCAGAAUGUCUGUUCGAAACUUAAGAACCUUUAAUCAAUUCAGAAUAACAUAUGCAUACCAGGACAAGCUUGCAAAAUUGAAAAAGUUAUGGAAAGUGCCAACGCAAAGAAGCUCUACACCAAGAGAUCUCGAUAGAGAUUCUUAUACAGUAAGAAAGAAACCAAAAGCAAUAGAAAAAUAAUUACGAAAAAACUAACUGAAAGCUAAAAAUUUUCUAAAGUUAACUUAUAAAAUUAAAAUUAAAUCAAGUAAUAGCUUUCAUGAUUUGGUACUUAGAAACUACUUGAAGAAUAAUAGGGCAGAAAAAUUGGGAAUGAUUUUUGGAAUAUAAAGAAUUA